UGUGUGAUACCCGUCUAGUGCCCGGAUGUACUGGAUCGUGACUGCUGAUGUACUUUGAACAGCCGGCCCAACAUCCCGUGGAGUUUUCAAUAUGGCGGACCUAAGCCUUGUGGCCAACUAUAGAUCUGCCGUGUUGUUCCUGUUUAUCCUGUGUGUUCCCCAGCCGGGUUACACAGACAAACACGGAAUUGAUACAAGUAUAUGUAGCCCAAGUCAAAUUCAGAAUUCGCCGACACCUAAGCGGCCAUCACUACCUAACAAAUAUGUCGUGUCGAUCGAGGCGAACAUCGAAAACCAUAACUACACUACCGAUUACACCGAGUUUUAUGACGGGACACGGAAUUUGGGUGCCACGCAUCAAUGGUUCCUUGGUUUCCAUGUCAAGAGUAUCUACUCACCGGGAACUGACGAACUCUUCACGGUAGAGACACAGACAGGGACUUGUACCACUGACAACCUCGCCACCGCCGGGCCGAAGUAUAUAUUUGGUUACCAGCCCAGCAGCUCCAAUCAGAAAGUUGGUAGACUUUUCACCACUGCCGGAGCUUUAAGGUUCGGCAAUGGAACAAACGAGCAGUACAUGGGAACCUCUAGGGUUCGAGGUAUAAUAGCUGACUACUGGAAAUCCUGUAUGUACUGGCCGGAUAUGGACGCCACCAUGGAGGUCCACUGGUACUUUACGAACACGGCGUCCUGGGACCCCGCUACUGGGAGAACCUUACCUUCGCCUCUCCGAUGUCAGGUCAAUGGGAAAGUGUGGUCGGGAAACCCCCAUGUGUUCAACCAUACCUAUGAGUUCAACCACUUCGGCACUGUAUUUCCUACUACCCACCCUUUUGAGACUCCAGCCGGAAUCGCCUGUCCCCACAGAAAAGAUACAAAACCAUUACCGACUCCGAGUAAUUACUUCGUCUUCACAGCAGAAACUUUGAACGUUGACUUCAACACAAUUGGAUUUAUCAAGGAAUGGUACGCCAAAGACAUGAACCUUGUACGUUACGACUACAAACCCGCCACCGCGGAUGUCAGCCCAUACGGUCAUAAUAUGUUAACCGAAGUCCACGACUUCUCAGAAGGUAUCGCUUACAUCCGGGACCCUACUGUUGGAAACUGCACCUUGACGACCAUCUCCGCACGUGGCAUUGACGCCAAAUCUGUCGACCCGAAUCACGUGAGAAUCAGAACGUCACAGGAGUUCUUCAAUUUUGACAAAGCGGCCUACCAGUACGAAGGAGUGAGGAAGGUGAGAGGGAUGGAUGCGGACGUGUGGAUCGCCACCCGAACGGACUGGCCUGCCAGUAAUCCUGGGAAAAACUCCACGUGGGAGUGGUAUUUUGCCAGGCAAGGAUGGCGGGAAAGUACUGGUCAUACCUAUGUAUUCGGAAUGCCUCUAAUGCUCAGCGUCCAUUCGGAUAACUACGGAUCCAUUGUCUAUAACACGUAUAAUUUUGACGAGGAGAAGCCAGGGAUCACGGACUUUGAUAUUAGUAAAUGUUAUAACUAUACAAACAGACAGGACUUCGCCUUCAAGAUUCCGGGGAGUUAUCAAGUUAAUGUUGCGCCAAAUCUGCAAGGUUUCAAAUACAACGUAAUAUUGGCUGUCCACAAGGCGGCGACAGUGUCGUCACUGCGUAUCUCCGACGUCAAGGUUGAUUACGACGCUUCUAACAUCCUCGUGUCCUUGACCAUACUUGGUACACCGAAUGUUCAAGGGGACGUGAACAACCCUGUCACUCAGGUCAGUUUGUCUACAGCGGCCACCCUGUUGACCAACGCUAUCAACAGUAACCAGCUCAGGAUCUCCGUUAGUACAGCACAAAGUCAAAAUAAAAUGUUGACAGCACAGCCUUAUUCCCUGAAACAGUCUAGUCACACAGUACAGAAAGGAUACUAUGUACCCCCGAAAACUAAAACCAGCUACUCUGCAGGUGCCGUUGCUGGGUUAGGCGUUGCCAUGGCUGUUGUUUUCUUUGCAUUUGGAUUUGCUUGUAUGUACAUUUAUUACCGAAAGAAUGGAGGUUCGUUUACCAAGGGCGACGCAGGUGGAUUCGAACCGAAAAAGUUCGCCGAAAAUGAUUACGAAAACACUGCUGAUAAAAGUGGAGAUGAAUAGUGCUUCAAAAUGUCAACUUACAUGAUUGUUUGUGCGUGAGAAUGUUUGUUACAGACGACGUGAUGCAAUACGAUGCAAGCGUGAGUUUAACAUAGUAGUGAACAAUGUCGUAUUAGAGAAUAAAUGAUUUGGUAUCAUGAUGUAUGAAGUUUAGCAGUAUUUGCACCAAUAAGUGGUUACACGUUCCGUUGUGACGACCUCAAACGGUCACAGAGUCAAUGUCGCUGUUGCUAGGUUCAAAGGUCACUGUCAGAGCCAAAGUACAUACUCAUUUAAAUGUCAUACGUGAUAUGUAUAUACGUCUUUCGCAGAAACCAAGUGCAAUAAAGUAAUAUUUUUAUACAGA